GAUAGCGGCUGGGCUCUGCUGGUUUCCCACAACCGCAGUUUCGCGGGGGAAUCGAACGCAGCGGCCUCCCGGAAGGAGACGCCUGAAGACCGGGCCUCGGACCAGUCUUUUCGGCGGAGGAGUGACGGCACAGAGAACCGCACCUCUGCAGCGGCUGUGGAGGCAGAACGGGUUUGGAUUGCGGCUUGCCGGACGCGUACCGGCUGCGCUGGGCGCAGGCGCUGAUAGCCGCAAUCCCUGGUUGGUGGCGCAAAGCAUACUGGGACUUGAAGUUCGAGACUGGUCAAAAGAAUGGAUUUUUCAGAGGCUUAUUCUGACACAUGCUCUUCGGUUGGACUUGCUGCAAGGGAAGGCAAUGUUCAAGUCUUAAGAAAACUGCUCAAAAAGGGACGGAGCGUUGAUGUUGCUGAUAAUAGGGGAUGGAUGCCAAUUCAUGAAGCAGCUUAUCACAACUCUAUAGAAUGUUUACGGAUGUUAAUUAACGCAGAUUCAUCUGAAGACUACAUUAGGAGAAAGACUUUUGAGGGCUUCUCUGCAUUACAUUUUGCUGCACAUCGAGGACAUUGGAAGAUCGUACAGAUUCUUUUAGAAGCUGGGGCAGAUCCUAAUGCAACUACUUUAGAGGAAACCACGCCACUGUUUUUAGCUGUUGAAAAUGGACGGAUGGAUGUGUUAAGGCUGUUGCUUCGAUACGGAGCAAAUGUUAAUGGAUCCCAUUCUAUGUGUGGAUGGAAUGCCCUGCACCAGGCUACUUUUCAGGAAAAUACUGAGAUCAUAAAAUUGCUUCUUAAAAGAGGAGCAAGCAAGGAAUGCCAGGAUGACUUUGGAAUCACGCCUUUAUUUGUGGCUGCUCAGUAUGGCAAGCUAGGAAGUUUGAGCAUACUUAUUUCAUCAGGUGCAAAUGUCAAUUGUCAAGCCUUGGAUAAAGCUACCCCCUUAUUCAUUGCUGCUCAAGAGGGCCACACAGAAUGUGUGGAGCUUUUGCUGUCCAGUGGGGCAGAUCCUAAUCUCUACUGUAACGAAGACAGUUGGCAGUUACCUAUUCAUGCAGCUGCACAAAUGGGCCAUACAGAAAUCUUGGACUUGCUCAUACCACUUACUAACCGGGUCUGUGACACUGGUCCAGACAAAGUGAGCCCUGUUUACUCGGCAGUGUUUGGAGGGCAUGAAGACUGCCUAGAAAUGCUACUCCAGCAUGGCUAUAGCCCUGAUGCCCAGAUGUGCCUCGUCUUUGGAUUUAGUUCUCCACUCUGUAUGGCUUUCCAAAAGGACUGUGAAUUUUUUGGAAUUGUGAAUAUUCUUUUGAAAUAUGGAGUCCAGCUAAAUGAACUUCAUUUGGCAUACUGCCUGAAGUAUGAGAAAUUUUCAGUAUUUCGUUACUUUUUGAAGAAAGGUUGCCCAUUGGCACCAUGGAACCAUAUGUCUGAAUUUAUAAAUCAUGCAGUUAAAGCACAGACGAAAUAUAAGGAAUGGUUGCCAUCUCUCCUGCUUGCUGGAUUUGACCCACUGAAUCUUCUAUGCAGUUCUUGGACUGACUCAGUCAGCGAUGACACCCUUAUCUUUACUUUGGAGUUUACUAAUUGGAGGAGACUUCCUCCAGCUGUUGAAAAGAAGCUCUCUGCUCGUGUCUCAAACUCCUCGUGGGCUCUACAGCAACAUAUUGGUGCUGUUCCAUCCCUGACCCACCUUUGUCGUUUGGAAAUUCGGUCCAGUCUAAAACCAGAACACCUACGAUCUGAUUAUUUUAUCUGUCAGUUGCCACUUCCCAGAAGCCUACAUAAUUACCUGCUCUAUGCAGAGGUCCUGAGGAUGAACGAAGUUCCCGAACUGACAGUUAUUCAAGAUGGAGAAAUCAGCGAAGCUACUUAACACUUAAUCUGUCUUACUCUGAAAACCACCAAGACUUAAGAGGCAUGGAGUACAAAGUCUUCAUGAUUUUAGAGGCACAAAAGAUGAUUUUUGUUUGAGUGGUUGGUUAGGUUUUUUAUGGGUGGUAUUAGUUCAAUGCAAUGAGGGCCUUCCUGGUAAAAAAUAUUAUAAACCCGACUUAUAGUACUUUAUUACAGUUUCAUCACCAGUAAAUUUAAUUUGAUAUUCAUUUAUCUAACCAGAUGGUCCUUCUAGUGCUAAACAUAGCAUAUUUCCACCUAUGAUUCUGUGUUUAUGUAGGGCUAUCAGCUUAGAAUGGAAAGAAUUAAAACUUCACUGGAAGCGUACACACAGUGGUGGAAUUUAUUGUUAUUUUAUUUGAGGUUGAACAUCUCAUAUUUAUAAAAGAAUUAUCUUAUAUUUCAUUCUUAUCUCUUCAGUCACUUUUGUGAAGAAUUGUUAUUGGUUUCUUGCAGGUAAACUCAGGAAAGAAUUUUUUAAAAAAAGAAUGUAGAAAAUGAAUCAUUUUGCUCUUGUUUUUUUUUUUUUCUUUUCUUUUUCAGUUCCUUGAUAGUCUCUUUGCCUAAAAAAGACUCUCUUUCUGCAAAGGCAAGAACAGACCUAACCUCAGUUAAAAAAAAUUAGGUUGUUAUUGGGAUAAAUAGGCAUUUUGUCACACUUAAAAUACUAAUCGGGAGACUGGGAGGGCAGAAAGGUAUGUAUUGCUAUGUCACUUAGUAUCAUAUACAAACAUUCAAGCUCCAUUCAGCCUCCAAAUCAGAGGGCAGCUUUGAUCCUAUGAAGCAAUGAUUGCCAAUUCUAUUAAUAUUAUAGUACUUUUCUUUUUUAUUAUCUACAUCGGUUGUCAAAUAGUCCGUGAAAUUUGGACCUCAGAGUCCUAGGUUAAUGAGACACCGCCUCAUUGAUUUUACAGUUGCUCAGUCUGAAUCUAGAGUCAGAAAGGACUGAAUACUGGAUCAAGUGAGCUAUGAUAAGAAGCUCUGGGGACCAACUUUGAGAGAAAGGUUAUGAAAGCAUUACUGUCAUGAUAGACAACUAGAUGGGAUCCAAAGGAGGUCAAAUCUGUGUCCAGUUAUGAUCCUGUGGCUUAAAAUAGAUGGGAAUGGGUCAGUGGGUCCGUCUCUGAUGGUCCUUUGCUGUUGAUAAAACCAGCGAUGAAGGCAGGCCAAGUGAUGGAGGCAUUGUUAAUGUCCAGAGGACCAAAUGAUGGAGACAUUGUUAAUGUCCAGACUGAACUCAGCGCUGGUUAGAACUAUAGUUGCUGCCUGUGGAGUGGAGAUAGAGUUUGAAUGUGUGUAUACAGGCAGAAAUAGGAUGGAUAUGGAAAACCAGGUGGAAAUUCUGAUACUUAAUUUAAUAAAUUCCAUGAAUGUAUGUACUAUGUAGUAUUUUUAAAGUGUUGUCUUAAUCUUUAUUUUUCCAAACUCUAAGUCUCUGAUUUUUAGUAUAACCAGUUUUUUCUUAGGGCUAAAUGUACAUAAAAUGUUUACAUUUGA